CCACCUACAAAUCCUUAUAUGUUAAAAAAAACAGUGUUUUUUACUAAUAGCAGAGCUAUGAACCCCUGGAAAAUGCCUUCUGGGGGACUUGUGCACAGAGCACAUCACCGAUAUCCUGUGUGCGUGUGGUGUUUGAGGUCAUUGCGUAUUUGCACAAUCCACGUGACAUCAUGGAAUGUUCACUGUGCCUAUUAAAAGCUAUUGGGCGACUGAGGGGUGGACAGGAUUUUCGUGAAACUCCCAAUUAAUCCAGGAGACUUGACAGAUCUGUAAUAAUUGUUUGUGGCGGAUGAAAUUGCAAAUAUAUACAUUAGAAACUGUAAAAAAGGCAUUGUGAAUCAUCUCAUUUUCUGCUUGAUGAUUCGCUUGAUUUGUGAUGAUGAUUUGUGCUUUUCAUUUUGUUAGGUGCUGUGUUUUAGUAGAUUCCAGAAGCAUGGCUAUUUACAUGCUGAAAGGAAAAGUGCACAUAUUAACUGAAGGGUAAAACUUAAAUUUGGAAUAUUUUCACCACAACACGGCCAGUUUACUAAAAGGAGGCUACGGCAAAUUUUGGGAAUAAACUUUGCAUUGUUGAAAAUUCUCUUUGUUCUGGUGAAGAUUCGCAUCUUUUCCCCAGGUGAAAUUUCUCUAGGGAAUAUUCGCCAGAGCACGAGAAUUUAUGUCAUGAGAAAUGCUGGCGAAAUGCCAUUGUAAAGAUAGAACAAUUACUUUUACAUCUCAAUAUUUAUGUCACCUCCUCCAUGCUUAAAUCUCACAUACUUUAUAUAAUUUCUUUAUGGCAUCGAUUCUCUAGAGAAAUGUUUCCACUACAAUUGUAUUGGGAAUUUUCACAGAGGAAGCUUUUUUUUUUUUUUUCCAAAAUGAAAUGAAACUGCAAGGGUAUAUAAGUGAUCCACGUGUGUUAUCAAUACAUUUGCCUUUAUCAGAACUUCCAGACCUUUUGGUGGAAAUCCUUUAUCCAUCUAAAGAUGUUAGCUGCCUCUGAUCAAUAAAGAGUUAACGUAGUAUAAAGAGAUCAGAUAGCCCAGUCACUGCAUACGCUAGCACAGUAAUGGAUGCUGGCUGCGCACAAGCACACCCUGCUCUUCUAGAUUACAAAACAGAGAAAUAUGUGGUGACUAAAAACAGAAAGGUCGGAGUAUUAUAUCGUUUUCUUCAUCUUGCCAUUUUAUGCUACACAAUUGGGUGGGUUUUUCUUACAAAGAAAGGAUAUCAAGAUACUGACUCGGAUCCUUAUGUCUCCAUUAUAACAAAACUGAAGGGAGUCUCGAUCACCAAGAAUUUCAGAAAUUCCCAAGAGAAGAUUUGGGACGUGGCUGAUUUUGUUAAACCAUCGCAGGGAGAAAAUGUUCUAUUUUUAGUUACAAAUUUCAUUGCAACAACUGGUCAAGUUCAAAGGACUUGUCCUGAGAACCCAAUCAAUUUAGAUGGCAGAUGUAGUGAAAACUUGGACUGUGUUGCUGGAGAACCAGUUGUAAAUGGAAAUGGUAUAAAAACUGGAAAAUGUGUUCUGUUCAACAAUACACAUUCCACUUGUGAGAUUUUUGGAUGGUGCCCCGUUGAAAAUGAAUCACUACUGAGGAAACCCCGUUUAAAUGAAGCAGAAAAUUUCACUCUUUUUAUUAAAAAUGUUAUACACUUCAGUAAGUUUAACUUCUCGCGCGCCAAUACCCUGGACACAUCCGACGAGACAUAUUUUAAGAACUGCAGGUACAAUCCAUUCUCCAGCCCAUACUGUCCAGUAUUCCAAAUUCAAGAGAUUGUAACACAAGCUGGAUGGAGCUUUGAGGACCUGUCUAUUAUGGGUGGAGUUGUUGCAGCUCGCAUAGAGUGGAAAUGUGAUUUAGAUCACCCCGCGGCUGAGUGUCUACCUCAGUAUUCCUUUAGACUUCAAGACACAAAAAACAACUUCAGUAGAACUGCCACAUACUAUUGGGACCAAGAAAGAAAGGAGUAUCGAGACCUUCUCAAGCUCUAUGGCUUCCGGUUUGAUAUUUCAGUAACUGGUGAAGCAAGAAAAUUUGGGCUGGUCCCAACCGCUGUCAGUCUCGGCACUGGUUGUGCAUUUCUUGGGGCAGCAACAUUUCUGUGUGACCUGAUUUUAUUAUACUUGGAUAAAAAAGCCAGUUUCUACCGGAGCUGUAAAUAUGAAGAGGCUAAGCCACCCAAACGUCAACAAAAUAUUCAGGAAACCAAUAACAAGGAAUGAAGAAAGUCUUUAAGAUGGUGCAUAGUGGUUGACAUGGCUGACUUAGCUGGGGCUUGUUCAUGUGUUGAACCUAUAAAAGCCUCUUUAGAACUGAAAAACUAAGUGCUUUAAAGGAACAGUAACACCAAAAAAUGAAAGUGUAUAAAAGUAAUAACAAUAUAAUGUA